AUGGCAUCACGUAUAGAAAGAAAAAACCUAAACAUUACCGAUUCAGAAGAGGUCUCACUUUCCACUCUUCACUGUGAUCUCAUUCCAAUGAAGCACCUUCUCCAAUUCCAAUGUGUCUCAUACUUCUGGAAUUCUCUAAUAUCAUUCGCCAGAAAACACUUUAAACUUUCAACAACCAAGCAGUCAGAUAUAACAAACCCUAACAUCAUGGAUUCACUUCCUACUCUUCCUUUUGAUCUCAUAACAGAAAUACUCUCUAGGCUACCCGUCAAACUCCUUCUCCAAUUUCGAUGCGUCUGCAAAUCAUGGAAUUCUCUAAUAACCGAUCACAAAUUUGCCAGAAAGCACUUUAACCUGUCAACCACACCCAACCUCCACGUCAUAACCCCUUACGAUCCCUCGCAGCGGCGGUAUGUCUUAAGGUCUUAUCCACUCCAAUCCCUUUUCACUGACCUAACUACUAAUUUCACUCAACUUGGUUUUCCAUUUAAUAGUCCUUAUGAACACUAUUUACAUUACAUUGUUGCCUCUUGUGAUGGGAUCCUUUGUCUCGCCGAUUUUCAUAACACUUUUGUUGUAUUGUGGAAUCCUUCCAUUCGAAAAUUCAAGGAAUUGCCCCCUUUUGAAAAGCCACAAGUGGCUGGUUCGGCAAAGUUUGGUUUCGGCUAUGAUCAUGUUUCUGGUAAUUACAAAGUGGUUGUUCUCUACGACUCCUAUAGAUGUAAUAUCAUUGAAGACACUACUAAAAUGAAGAUUUAUAAUAUGGGAACCAAUUCUUGGAGAAGCUUUCAAAAGUUACCUUUUUCUACUAAAUUCGGCCCUCAUGAAUCGGGAGCAUAUGUCAGCGGUACAAUUAAUUGGUUGGCCUAUAAUAAAUCGUCUCUUCCAAUUUUUAUUGUUUCCUUUGAUUUAGGUAAGGAUUCUUAUCAAAAGAUUUUUCCUCCUGAACACGGAGAGAUUGAUUCAAGGUCGAAUUUAGUUGUGUUGAGGGAUUGUUUGUGCAUAAUUUCUUAUUACGAUGUUUGGGUAAUGAAGGAGUAUGGAAUUAAAGAGUCUUGGACUAAAUUGUUCAAACUUUCUAACUUGGCUGCUCAAAGUAUGGGUUCUUUCUUGACCAAUGCAUUAUAUAUUUUUGAAGACGAUCUAGUGCUGUUGGUGGAGGAGACAUGGAAAAAGGAGUUGAUAGCUUACAAUUUUAAGAAUAACACUUUUAAGCUUACUUCAUUCUUUUCAACCCUACCAGAAAUCUGCACCGAGAGUUUGAUAUCACCUUGUUCUUAA